AUGAAAACGUAUUCGCAAAGUUUAGCGAACAAACUUAACUCUGGAGAAAAGUUUAACACCAACACCAACACUAGCAGUGGUAGAGGAAAAGAAAGAUUCCUGGGAAGAAGAAAUUCGGAAGCAUUUUUGAAAGCUAAGAGGAGUGUCAUACAUAUCCAGAAUACAUAUAACCUGUGUUGUACCCGAGGGAUUGUCACCAUGAAAGCCCGUUAGCAGAAAGAUGAUCACGUUGAUGGGAAACAGAUGUAUGAGAAUUUGCGUCAUGGAAGGCCUGUACAAACUACACAGGCCAAAGAGCUCCAUUGUUUGGCUGGCAUACCCAAAGGC